AUGACAAGACCUCACAUUCGAACAAUCAAUGGUGCUCAACAUAAUGGUCAUCUUGGAGAUCGUUACAGUCGAGUACAAAACAGAGCUGCUGCAAUGCUCGAUGCAUGGCAUGAGUUUGGUGAAUCACUAACAAUAGAUGUUGUUGCUCAUAUGCAUCGACUCUCAAUUACUCAAAUUGAAAAAGAUAUGUUUGGGGAACCAUCGGAUAUAAAGAAAAGAUAUGGUACUAAAUCAACAGUCAAACUAGAACGUGUUCUUCAAAAAUGUAUAAAUGAAUUAAAUGAUGGAGUUAAUCGAGCACUGGUUGCUGUAGCACACCAUGUUCCAUUUAUUCUCAUACGUGCACUUGAAGAAAAUCCAAAUAUAAAAGAGGUGGCUACAACGUUUUUGAUUGAUAUUAAAAACAAGUUGAAUGCAAUUGAUGAAGAAAAUAAAGUUAAACGUAUUGAUGAUGCUCUACAAAAAUAUACAAAAUUAAAAUCAUUAAAUAGAUCUCCACUUCGUUCUAUUGAAAAUCAACCAGUUAUUAAUGGUUCAAGUUUACAAACAGAAGAAUCAUUACAAGUUGCUGAAUCUUUUGAUGAUCUACUAUGUCCUCAAGUCAAAACUACAAGAUGUUCUCGAAAAGAGCUGCAUAUUGCUGAAAUCGAAGAACAUGAACAAUUACUAUCGACAUGCUCAUCAAAACUAUGCCAUCAAUCGAAAUUAUUCUUAGAAUCUGAUUUACAACUGAAAUGGACACUGUUCAAAAAUGUUGGUGUUGGACUUGAAAAUACAAAUGAUAAAGGAGAAUGUAAAAAUAUUUGUUACAUCAAUGCAAUUAUUCAAUGCUUAGCAUAUAUAGCCCCAUUAGUUCAAUGGCUAUCAAUUCAUUUUGGUACUAGUCAUUGUGAAUUAUCGAUUGAAGAUCAAUUUUGUUCUGUAUGUAUGCUUCAUUCGGUUAUAUGUAGCAUACAUCGCAACAUCGAAACAAAUUCUACUGUAUUAUGUGAUCGUUCAUGUGGAAGUGCAGAAUCAUUUGCUCAAAAAAUUGAACAAUUAUCUCCAAGUUUUACUAUCGGUCGUCAAGAAGAUCCAUCAGAAUUUUUACAGUUUUUACUUGAUCAUCUUGUUACAUGUCUUACUCCUAAUAAAUCAAUGAUUAAUGUGAAUUUAUCAAAAACUCCAAUUGAAUAUAUACUUGGCUUAGAAAUACAAUCGAUAUCGACGUGUAAAGUUUGCUUACGAAAAUCGAUUGUUAAAAAUUGGGAAAGUGUUUUGUCUCUGUCUAUUAUUUCACAUGCAACUAUUGUCGAAAGUCUUGAAGCAUUUUUUUUCAAAGAAGAAUUACAUGGUGAAAACUUAUAUGAAUAUAUUCAAGAACUGAAUAAAGAAAAUAACACAAUUGAUAAUUUUGUAUAUAAAUUAAAUAGUGUAGUUGUGCAUCUAGGUGAAAAUGCAACUAGUGGUCAUGUUUUUACAUAUGUUCGCUCGCCUGAUGAAACUUGGUACACAGCUAAUGAUGAAUCAAUGAAAUCAACGAGAUUAGACACAGUACUUGGUGAUAAAGAUGCAUAUAUCUUGUGCUAUACUAAAGUACCAAAGAGUAGUGCAAUUUUAUCUGAUACAAAUAUGAUUAUAUCUCCUGCACGAUCAUCAUUGUUUUUAACCUCAUCAACACCAAUAAAUUCAAGUAAAAUUUUUGAUAAAAAUACUAAUAAUUAUACAACUCGAAAUUUUUACAACAAUAUUGCCGUUUCGUCUAAGAACUUUUUUGAAGAAAAUCGAGCAACUAAUAAUUUGCUUUCGACUGAAUAUUCGUCAAUUAUGAACAAUACUAUACUGCUUGAACCUUCUUCUACACAAGAAUGUUCGUCUCCGACAUAUAUUCAAUCAUUUAAUGAAAACAGUAUGGAAUUUAGCAUGAUUGAAACAGAAAGUCGAAUCGAAAUUAUACCUAAUAGCAACAAUACUCAAAAUAAUUUGAAUAAAAGAUUAAGCAACAACAUUCACAAGAACCAACUCUCAUCGUCAAUACUGGAACGUGAGCAAAAUUCAUCAACAACAUCUCUACAUAAACAAGUUUCUUCAUCAGAAUCUCGAUAUCAACAACUUCCAUUACAAAUAUUUGGAAAUGAUCGAUUUGUACCAUCAUCAUCUCAACGUGCACAUAUGCCAUCAUCAAUGUUUGAAAAUGAACCGAUUUUGUCACCUAUAUCUGACAAUGAACACAUAUCAUCAGCAACAUCAAGAAAUACUCGUUCCAGUAUUCAGUUGAAUGAAACUGUUCAUGAUUCAGUAGCCGGUAAUGACUUCAUUGCUGAAUUACCAUCACAUCAUCAAUUUAAUCUUCGAGCUGUUGAUCUUGCAAAAUUAUUAGUGAUUCGAACUGCAAAAAACAACAAGAAAAAAGAUCGUCUUUUCAGGCAAAUGGGCCUAUCGAAUGUGACUGAUAUUACAACACCUUCAAGGAAGAUUUUUUUAUCGAAGCAAACGAAAUUAUUGAAAAGUACCUUCAACACAACUGUGAAUAGUCAAGAUUCUUCGAUACAUAUUCCAAGCGAACAAAUAAAACAAUCUAAUGUUGAUGUUGAAUAUUUUUAUAUUUUAUUGCCGUACAUCAAGCAAUUGAAUAAAUAUUGUGGUUUAUGUGUACGCAACACUACCUUUGGUGCAACAAAUAAUCUUCAUCAUCAAUUACUUCGUUGUAAUCUACGUUGUAUUGCUCAUCCGACAUGCUCAUUUUCAUGUUCAGUUAUUGUUCAAAAUAAUGGUACAGGUAAUAUUAUUGUUACUAAUGGUACUGUUCGACAUGUUCGUGGUGUUAAAAUAUGUCGUCCAAUUCGUGCGCCAGUGCGAUCAUUAAUCAAAAAACGAUUUGCUCAAGGUGCAUCUGUUCACAGAAUGUACCAAGAAAAGUUACAAAAAAGAACACCUGAAGAAAGAAGAGGUCAAAAUUAUGAUGGUAUUGGCAAAAAUCGAGAUGUUUUACGGAAAAUAAAAUCAGAAGUUAAUCCUAGUGGAAAAAUCAAAGGUGCUAUUCAGUCUAUAUCCAAAUAUCCUUGUCAAAUAAUUGUAUAUUCUGAAUCAUCUAUUCGUUUAUUUGAUGCUCUUUUAAAACAUAACAAUGUUAUUCUAUCUUGGGAUGCAACAGGAAGCAUUAUUAAAGAAACCAAUUCUCACCGUCUACUUUAUUAUGAGUUAAGCAUCACAUUACCUGGUAUUGUUAAAGAAGAUAGUAUUGUGCCAAUUACAUUUAUGAUAAGUGAUGCACAUGCUUUAGUUGAUAUAAUUCAUUGGCUUCAGUUGUUCAAACAUAGUUAUUCACAAGUUUAUCCUGGCAAGAAGUUUCCACGACCUCGAAUUGUUUUAAGUGAUCGUGCACAAGUUUUUCUCAUUGCAUCUCUUCGAGUUUGGAACAAUGAAUCAAUGAAUGAUUUUUUAAACCGAGCUUAUCGAAUAGUAACUGAUAAAUGUACUGAUUCUGAUAUUGAAAAGACAAACAUACAUGCAUGUCUUGCACAUGUCCUUUUAGAUUCCAGAAAAAUUAUCAAUAAAUUUGUGCCGGAAACAUUUCGCGUUCUUGCAAUGUGGAGCAUUGCACUUUUGAUCAAUACAUCAACAUGGAAUGAAUUUGUUCAUAAUUGGCAAUUAAUAUGCUUUGUUUUUAUCCAGCUGCAUUUGGGUGAAGAGAAUGUAAACAAAGAUCAUCAAAAUGCUUUAAUUUAUAAAAUAAGCAAAAUCGAAAAUGAUCCAAAUAUAAGCAGUGCAAUUAAAUUAAGUGAAACUGUUGAAGAUGAAAAUGAAGAUAAUCUAUUGAGUUCAAAUGUCUAUAAUUAUUAUGAUGACGAUGAAGAAAUUCAUUCAGAAUCAGUUAAACAUCGUUCAAAAUCGACACAAAAAAAGAUUAUAGUAGAUGAAGAAAAAGAAGCUAAUGCAACGGAUUCACCGUUUAAAUCUAUAAUCAAUGGCACAUUUCAUGAUGUUCUUGCUACGUACAGCAUUUGGAUAACAGAAAUUCGUGAUAAAAAAUCUCGUGGAAUUCUAAAAUGGUUUAAGUAUUUAACAGCUUCAUUUAUGCCAACAUUGCCAAUUUGGUCAAAUUUAUUAUUAGGUGAUCUCAAUCGUCAUCGUCGUCGAAUAGUUCGAUCUUAUGAGAGCAUUAUUCUUCUGAAUAAAGAGCAACGUACCACAGCCAUUAGUGAACGAAGAAUGGGAAUCGUAAAACGUAAUCAACUAGGUGGUGUAGUACAUUUGCGACUUGAUGUUUUAUUGUCAAUAUUAGUACCAGAUAUGCUGUCCAUGGUCGAUGAAUAUUGGAAUACAUUAUUAAGCUAUUGUUCAACAUCAAUUAGUAAUUCAAGUGAUAAUAGUAUAAUAAACAUUGAUGAACAACGUCUUAAACCAAUCGAAGAACGUUGGCGACAAAAAGUUUCAAGAAGAGGUUUAGGUCAUUAUGCUAAAUGUCCUGAUCAACAAGUUUUUACUGAUGUUUUGUCGUGUUUAUUGACAUCUCAAAUUUAUUUCAAUGACAAUAUAAAAUUACCUACUAUUAAUCCCAAUUGGUUGAAUGUUGGAAUUGGUAUUUUAUUGUCGGUCGGAAAUAAUAAUAAUUCUUCUCAUCAUCGAUUUAAUUUAAUAUCGGCAAAUGAUUCUCCUUUACUAUCAACUAUUGCAACAUUUUUAGAUGAAUGGUGUAAUUCAUCAGCACGUGAUAUUAGAUCAACUACUAUUAAUUUUCCGUUACUUAAUUUUGAUUUAAAUCAAACACUUGAACAAUCAACAUACAUUUUAGAAAAAAUAUUGAUACCACUUCUUCCUUGUCGUUUAAUUAUUAAUAAAGUUUAUACAUGUAAAAGUUGUGAAUCAACAAUUAAAGUUCGUUGCAUCAUUACAUCAAUACCUGUUCAUGUUUCAAAGAAUGGUUUAUAUCUCGAACGAGAUUUAUUUGAUUUUUUUGAUCAAACAACAUCAGAUUUACAUUGUUCUACAUGCAAAAAAUCAACCAUUCGUCAUAUAGAGGUGAUCGAGUGGCCACGGGUGCUUUUAAUAAACAUCAAUGAUUCAAUUAAAAAUACUAGACACCGUAAACCGCCUGGAAUAAUUUCUCUUGCUCAAUUUUCCAGCUGGAUAGCUGUUGGCUGUCCAUCUGCAAGUAUAUAUGAUUUGGCAUGCUUCACUAGUGUCAUGUCAUCAGGUGGAAAUGAAACAAUGGUUCGUAUAACUAAAGUAAAGAAGAGUUGGCUAACAAGUAUGCACAAAAGAGUCAUUGGUGAUGGUGAUCAACUUCGACGACUUUACGCCAACAGCCGUGAGUAUUAA